CCGUAUUCGUCUGAGCCACAUCAGCAGUUGCUGACGUGUGCUGGGCAUUUGCGCAUGGUGUUCAUGGUCUUGGGAACAGCAUGGUGGAGCUUGGACAUCAAUUACACGCAAUUCAGCAUGUGGGCCGCGGCUUGCAUGGGCCUAAGCCCUAGCUUUGGGCCGGCUUGGGCUCACGGCUCAGGCUUGAAAUCUACCGAGCCUAAGCCGGGCCGGAACAUCACUAAUUUAAAAUUGUAUCAUGACAUCGAGAUCGAGCUCAGAGUUUGACUGUA